AUGGGUCAUGGUGACUGCCAGUCGCUCCUGUUUGACAAGUACCGAGCACGUUUAAUGGAAACAGCAGAUGUACCUUAUGUCAGUGCCAUAUCAACAUUGCCAGGUUCAGACGUUAUUAUUAUAGAUUCCAAUGAGGAGACUUCCAAUGAAACGGGGUCUGAAGAUCCGUCAGUGUUAGAGUCUGGACGUCGUAUUAGUGAGGAGAGCGGUUCCACAAAUUCCGAGUAUGCAGGGUCUCCACUGAAAUUUAGCUUUCUCACUUUAUCAAAAUUGCAAAAGAACGACAAGUAUCGCUUUAAGCCUGAUGUUUUGCUAGGUUUGCAGAAACAGUUCAUUAGUAACCCCUUAUCAAGCGCUGAAGCUGGAAUCAUAUUAAGAAAGCUGAAUUUUGAUAAUUGGCCUUUUGAAAAAUCCCUCGCGGGCAUACCAGCUUUCAUCAUGGUUGACGCGCAUGAUGUUUUGAAGACUGUUAUGUUGGGAGUUUGCAAAAGCGAUAAGGUUUACACUUCAUACAGAAUACGAUACUUUGGAACAGAACUUGACAGCAGAAGUUGGGGCCAAGUCGAAGAAGUUGGUGCCCUGUUUCAACCUUGUGAGGCAGCGUAUACAGCUCACUGCACUUACAGUAUCAUUCCAGAAAUGCCAAGUACCGAAAACGACUCUGAAAAUAGGAUGUCUGCGUACCUACAUUUAACUAUUAAGUGGCCCUGCAAAUUUGACGAGCUCCUUUCAAAACCUCCUCCUCAAGCUCCUGUCACUCUGAUUAUUUAUCCUGGUUGGUUGGACUCUAGGACUCCGUAUUUCGACUGGACGUCUGAACUUCAGUUGAUCCUUUCUUUAGGGCACGCUCUGCGUACUGGAGUGUUGUCAUUCGCUGGUGCUGAUCUUUCAGCUGAUGUGUCCGAUGUCUUUAAAAAUGUCAAAAAACUACUUAAAACUCAAACUACGUUGAUAACGUCUGAGGAGGCUUAUGAUGAUGGUAUGGAUUUUACUGAUCGUCUGUGGGUUGCAAUGACUGGGUGUCGUAAUUACGGCAUGUUGGUUGAUAUUCUUGGUUUAAUUUUCAAUGCUCUUCGUAAUGGAUACAAAAAUACAAUGGUUCGUUUUGACAACAAAAGUCAGAUGGCACGGUUUCUCAGGGACGCGUGCAAUAACGAUUUAAUGCUUCCAAGGUUGGAAGGUCUGACUCCCAUUGAAAUUAUGCUCGGAAUGGGACUUGAACGCUUCCAGAGGAGAUGCGUUAGUGAAAUUGUGUCAAAUGGUUACAUUGUUAUUUCUUUUAUAUAGUUGGUUUCAAACGCAAACGAACUGGAUGCGUUUUGCAACUAUAAAAGUACCGCUCCCCUUGAAGACAGAGUCGAUAGGGUAUUUUUGGUUUUUACCGGAUUAGUCGUAUUGACAGCUUGUAAGCACUAUUUAAGAAUUAGCACGCAUCAGAUGCAUCUUUUGUCAAGAAGGGUUUUCUCGCACUUUAAUACUAUGAAAUUCUCUCCCACUAUGACUGGUGUUACUGCCUCAAUAAUGGAAAAUUUCAAAUUGAAACUAAUGUUCGAUGCAACUUUGAGGGAUGUUUAUCCAAACGUCUUCAAAGUCAAAACACCAAAAGAGUGGUACUUAAAUACAGUCUACCGAAGAAAUAAAAAAGUUAUUGGGGAGUCGGUUACUUAUUUUGCUCCAAAACCACUCCUCGACUAUGUCUGGAAAUUCACAACGAUUGAUGAAAACAAAGAAAAUGAAAGGUUUGCUGAAGAUAUUGGAUCUUUCCAAAAACUUUCGGUGAGUGACGAAACGCCAAAAGAAGGAAUGAAAGAAGAUAAUAUCAACCUGGUUGGCGGACAGGAAGUUUCAGAUUACCAUCACAUAAAGGGCUUUUACAACACUCUGGUAGUGGCGAGUUCACGCACUCUGCCAUGA